AUGAUUGAGUACUUCGAGUUGCCGCUUCAUACCCAACUUUUACUUCCUUUAGGAGUAGCAUUUCUCACUGUCAGCUUAGUAGUUGCUUACCGCCUCUAUCUUCAUCCGCUUUCGGCCUUUCCUGGUCCACAAUCCUGGGCGGCGUCGCGGCUUCCAUGGAUCCGCCACACGGCUGACGGACGCAUGUGGCGUGAACUGGAGCAUUUGCAUGAGAAACACGGGCCGUUCGUGCGCAUCGCCCCAAACGAACUGUCCGUCCUUUCUCCAGCGGCACGAUCCGACAUAUAUACUUCUCGACCGAUACUCCCUAAGGAACCUACCAGCCAGACGCCCCCGUUGAACGGUGCUAAUUCUCUCUUCACUGCCGUUGGCGAUGAUCACCGUUUCAACGAUCUCUUUAGGGCGCCAUUCAUCACCGACGUAAGGCAUCUGGGUUCGUUAGCUUUUGUUUACUGA